CCUUUAGCCUUGCCACGUAACAACAUCACCAUCACUAUCCAUCUGCGGGACUCCAAAUCUUUACGUCCGUCUUGAUUGUAUCACACUAGAUAUCUGCUACUUUAGCUCACUCUUCUCGCUCUUUCGACGGGGAGAGGGUUAACGCCAAACGAUGGCCUCAGUAAUUCGGCAACCAUAAAUCAUCUUGAGACCAGAGAUCGCAUUGCACGACAAACAACCACCAUGCCGGUACGCAUGAGGAUGAGAUGGACAGCCUACGCUGGGACCUCCGCCGCACUGGCUGCCGGUGUUGUUCUCAAAGCUCUGGCACAGCGACCCAACUUCUAUUCCGCCGCCGUCUAUCUCUCACAGUCCUCCGCUAAUCUAAUGAUCCUGACGAACCUCCUCUUUGUGAUUGCUUGCACGUUCCUACUUGGACUCCAAAAACUACUCUAUGGAAACCUGCGACCCAUCGAAGUGGAACAACUAUACGAGAAAGCAUGGUUCGCGGUCACGGAAACAUGUUUGGCCAUGACCGUAUUCAGAGGCGAGAUCGGUCUGUCUUUCUUGGCCAUGUUCUUCGCACUUCUUACUGGCAAGAUUUGGGGCUGGAUAGGUGAGGGUCGCGUGGAAGUGCUGGAGCAACAACCACCUAGAAAUCCACGACUUUUCCACACACGGCUUGCUCUUAGUCUGGGGCUGAGCGUCGCUUUCGAUUUGACGAUGCUGGAAUACAUCGUGAAACAGGUCAUGAGGAUGGCACGUCCGGAUAUGAUGGUCAUGUUUGGCUUCGAGUUCGCCGUCUUGUCAAUCAUGAGCAUCAGCACGGCAGUACGCUAUGCCAUCAACGUGAUCGAGAUCGGCAUUGUGAGGGAACAAAAGCGACAACGCAUUGAACAGAUCAAGAAGGACCGGCUCCAGUCCGCGGUGUCAGAGUUUCAACAGUCCCAAGCACCACAAGCCGCACCGACAGACCCUGCGGCGGCUGUGACGCCUACUCCCACACAGCUCACACUCGAGCAAGUGACGCGGGAAGCACUCAGCCAACCUGUUGACGAGAAUGAAGUUGAGGUAGAAGGGUGGGAAGAUAAAGGUCGCUACAUGUUCUAUCUCAACCUCAUCACCGAUUUCUACAAGCUCCUCAUCUAUCUCGCCUUCUUCUUCAUUCUUCUUGUGUUCUAUGGCCUCCCGAUACACAUUCUCAGGGAUGUCUUUUUGACCAUGCGAUCAUUUUUGAAACGAAUCUCAGACUUUGUGAAAUACCGGACAGCCACGAGGGAUAUGAAUGCUCGGUACCCAGACGCCACCGCCGAGGAAAUUGGACGAGAGGAUGUUUGCAUAAUAUGCAGAGAAGAAAUGCAUCCUUACCAACCCCCUGCUGCACAGGAAGGCCAACGGCCAAAUCCUGUGGCUGAGAGGAUGCGACCAAAGAAAUUACCCUGUGGCCACAUCUUGCACUUUUCUUGCCUGAGAAGUUGGCUUGAGAGACAGCAGAUAUGUCCGACCUGCAGAUCAAGCGUGGUAUCCACGAACCAAGCUGGUGGAACAGGUGCUGGGCAAGGCGGAGCUCCGCAACCUAACGGUGGUCAAGCUCAGCCGCAUGACAGAGCAGUGCCACGAGUCUACCAGUUUGGCCCACUGCGAAUUGGUGUCGGUGUCAUGCGAGGAUUCCCCGCGAUGCAAGACAUUCAGCAGCAAGUUGCAGAUGCAGGGGCCAUCCCUCAGCCUCCAGCCAACGGUAAUAGGAAUGCCAAUGCAGACCCAACUGCUCAACGGCAAGUAGGCGUUGGAAUCAGAUUGCCAACCCGGCGAAGACGUCAAUCAGGCAAUUCUAGAAGCACCGAAGCUCGUAUUGAUGAGCUGGAACAGCAAGUAUUCCGUGAAGCAGAGCAAUUGGCUCAGAACAGUGCGGAGCUGAGUGUCCUUCGGUUGAUGCAGGCGGAGUUGGCGAGGCUACGUGCCAUGAGGAGACCGACAACUGAACGCAACAAUGCGAAUAACAGCAACCGUACGGUUCCCAGGUCUCCUGAUUUGCAACGUGCAGUUAGACUUGAUCCUGGUUCUGAAGACGACAUGAUUGCCGCCGGAAGCGAUAGGUUACCUCCUGGCCUUACGCUGCCAGAAGGUUGGUCUAUGAUGCCGUUGCAUCCAACAGUAGAAGUAGGGCUCGGAGGACGACCGGCUGCUCCAGGUGUGUUUGCAGCGCGACCAAACCCUCCCAAUCCCACAAACAUGCCUCCUGUAGAACAACUGCCGCAGCAGUAUAGGGGCAUAAUUCCCCCAUCAGCAUGGCAAAUCUUUCCAGGAUUACAAGCUUUAGACCAAGCAGGUACUCCACAGACCAAUGCUCGUCAAGAAGAAGCGUCCAAUCAAUCUGCGAAUGGUGGUCAGGGGAACGAUUAUGAACAGGAGCAUCCUCAGCAAAACCCAGUACAGACCCCCCAACAGGCGGGCGUCACUCCCUUUGGAACUGCAUCAGGUUUGAAUCUGCCAACCUGGGGAAGCUUUGCACCUCCUCAGCAGCAAACACCUCUGAAUGGACAGACGGAAAUUAGGAAUGGAUCAAACACUGAAAACACUGUUGCUGCCGACUCACAGCACAGUUCGGUGUUUCCAUCACAACCGUUACCUGCCUGGGGAUUUAACACCGGAGUGAAUGGUGACGAGGGCACCGGAAGCACAACAGCUCAAAUGAACGGUGGACAAAACGAGAGUGAAAACACAGCAGAAGCAGAAGCAGAAGCAGAAGCAGAAGCAGAAGCAGAAGCAUCCUCAUCAUCAUCGUCGGCUCCAACAGAUUCAAGAAGCAAACAUGCCACGGUUGAAGAUUCGGUUCAGGACUCGGACUGACGAUUGAAAACUUGGGGAAAUCGUGUAUUGAUGUAUUACAUUUUAGGUAGCUUAGCAUUUUUCCGGAGCGUUGACAGGAAAAGGUGUUCGUUUUGGGUCCUGGUUCUAAUCUCGGUCCCUGCUUGACUUUGGGCUACUAUGAAUCUAAAC